CCUGGCAUCACCCUUUUUCCUAUAUAUGCACUCAACCAUUUUAUCCCUGAGCCCCCGCCUUCUCCACCUGUCUGUAUCACCCUCCUCUGUUGCUCUAUAUAAGCACACACAUAUCUCAUCACUUGCUCAUACUUUUCGCAAACACAAAGAAUAUCUAGACUGAUCAUACUAGCACAGACACCAGCAGCCGUGAUCAUAUUAAAAUUCCACAGACUGCAUUAACCGGUAACAUACAAAGCCUCUCUGGAUCAAUAUUAUAGCAUGAGGGAGAGCGGGAGGAAACAGGGCGUGGCAUCGCCCUGCGCCGCGUGUAAGCUUCUUCGGAGAAGGUGUGCUCAGGAUUGUGUGUUUGCUCCCUAUUUUCCUGCUGAUGAGCCACACAAAUUUGCCAGUGUUCACAAGGUGUUUGGUGCUAGCAAUGUCAACAAGAUGUUACAGGAUUUGCCAGAACACCAGCGGGGAGAUGCAGUGAGCUCGAUGGUUUAUGAAGCGAAUGCUCGUGUGAGGGAUCCAGUUUACGGAUGUGUGGGUGCGAUAUCUUCACUACAACAACAGAUUGAUUCUCUACAAGCUCAGUUAGCCCAGGCACAGGCUGAGGUAGUGCACAUGCAAAUGCGACAGUACUCAUCAUCCGUCGCCAAUCCUAACAACGACAACUCACCUGAAAAUGUGUCGCCCACGUCGAAACACAUGAUGAUGCAGUCGUCUCAGACAUCCACCAGGUCACUUUUUUCAAUGGACAUGGUGGUUGAUCAUACUAAUAUGGGGGAGUCCUUGUGGUCUUGCUAGCCUAUACCUAAAUUAUUAAUCGGUUACCACCACCACGCGCGAUUUUAUACUUUUAUUGCUUUCGUAUGAUCAUGGUGUCGUUUGUUUACUGUCGUUUCAUGUCGUCCUCCUUUUCUCUUUUGUUCCUUUCUUGUGAACUUUAUUUGAUUGGCUUAAGUAGAUACUAUAUCUAUUUAUAUUAAUAGCACAUCUCUCUGCCUCAGGGAUGAUGGUGAUAAUCAUUAACAGAUUGUAUACGCCUAAUUAAACAUAUAGUAAUAUAUUUUAUGAGUUAAUCCGUAUUAUGAGCGGUUGACUAAACUUGUAA